CCAGUCAACUUCCGAGGGAGUCCACCAUCGAAAGCCUGUAAGAAUUCUUCAAUUCAAUUUCAUUCUUCUUUGAUACGAAGCUCGAUCUACCGGGAGCUUGUCGAAAAUGGCGGCAUCUCAAGAGCAUUUGGACAAGAUGCAGCUCCGUCAGAACUACCGGAAUCUAUGGCACACCAAUCUCAUGGGCACCAUGUCUGCCGACACUCCUUAUUGCUGUUUUUCGCUUUUCUGUGGACCAUGUGUAUCAUACUUACUUCGUAAGCGAGCUCUCUAUAAUGAUAUGUCAAGGUAUACAUGCUGUGCUGGAUAUAUGCCAUGCAGUGGAAGGUGUGGAGAAAGUAAAUGUCCUGAAUUAUGCCUUUGCACCGAGGUCUUCUUGUGCUUUGGGAACUCGGUAGCAUCAACACGGUUUCUAUUGCAAGAUGAGUUCAACAUACAAACAACUCAAUGCGAUAAUUGCAUCAUUGGUUUCAUGUUUUGCCUCCAACAACUUGCAUGCAUAUUCUCUAUUGUUGCUUGUCUUGUUGGAAGUGAAGAACUCAGUGAGGCAUCUCAGUUGCUGAAUUGCUUAGCUGAUUUGGUCUAUUGCACGGUUUGUGCGUGCAUGCAGACACAACACAAGGUGGAAAUGGAUAAACGAGAUGGAAAGUUUGGACCACAACCAAUGGCUGUUCCGCCGAUGCAGCAAAUGUCAAGGAUCGAUCAGCCAUAUCCUCCGAAUGUCGGAUACGGACAACAACCCUACGGUUAUCCACCACCACCACCGCAAGCUCAAGGCUACCCACCUGCCGGUUAUCCUCCACAGGGCUAUCCCGCUCCUGGUUACCAGAGGUAAAUCUUUGUCCAAGUAAAAGUAAAAAUGGCAGCAGAGUGGUUUUGUGAAUGAAAUCUCAUUUUAUUUAUUACCAUCCAACUUCUUAAGGAGACUAAUUCUUUGUGUGUUGAGAAACUGAUUGUACAUGACAUCUAUUUGCUUGAAAUUGAGAACAUUUGUUGCGCCUUGGG